CAAUGGAUGAAAAAUAGAUGGCAUUCAAAUGCUGUACAACCGGAUGCAACUAGCCAGAGCUUGAAGCGCAAACAGCAUGGACUGUGACUCUCCAACGAAAGAGCAGAACUCGUGCCUCGUCAAGAUUUACGAUGGAAAUGAUGGGGACUUGAAGUUGAAUGACAUCGCAGAGUUUGUUGGUAUCGUAUGGAAAGAAUCGGAACUGGUUUCUAGCUCGACUUCUGAUUCAUCAGCUUUUGCUGAAUCCUUGAUGAAAGAUGACACCUCCUUGCAGUUACCGUCCAGCACGGUUCCUCGACUUCACUGUAUUACCAUGAGAAAACUUUCAGCUUACAGUAUUCCUAGUCAGCCGGGUGCUUUGGCGGAUAUAUGCUCCGUGAGGGAAUCUCUUCUUUGUAAAUUACAAUCUGUUCUCGGUGAGGACAGACUCGCCGCAGAAUAUUUACUCUUGCAUCUUCUGUCAAAGGUUUAUAGCCGUGUAGAGCCCUUGGCUGUUGGGAAGUUUUCUCUCAACUUUAGCGGGUGUCAAGCUGGUGCCGAUGGUUCCGUAUCACUCGUUACCUCUGCAGUCGGGCACGCGAUAUCAGUACUUCGUCCCUGUUCACAAGUGGUGCCGCUGUCACUCCAGGACUUGAACUCCUGUCUGAUCGCUCCACGAAAAGAUUAUGCCACCAAUCGAUUGGUUACCGGUGGUUUACAACUAGCAAGCGGCACGCAUCUUACGUUAGACGAGACUGCUUUGAACACAGGAAGGCUGAACGAAACCGGUGUCAAGAAUUUGCAGAGCUUGAAGAGCGUCAUGGAGUCUCAGAAAGUCGACUACGAUUUCCAGUAUUAUCAGAUGGAAAUGCCGACAGAUUUGCCCGUGUUGGUGGUUUCUUGCGGCAAAUCGAGGAUUUUACCAGCUGAUGCGCUCGUACCUUUAAGGUGCAGCGCGGAAGCGGCACGUAUCCAUGCAGAAGCAUCGGACUUGUCGAAAUGGCGUAUUUAUUUGAGCAGUGCGCGGGAGGCCGACCACGUUAUCGAGCCUUCAAUGCAGAAGAUUCUGGAGGAAGAUCUUGUGGCCGCACGCCAGAAGGAUAGAACUGUAGGAUCUGAAACGUUUCACAGAUGGUUAACAAUGGCUCGCCUGUUAUCCUUGAGCUAUGGCGAACGAAGCUUGACGAGGGAGAGAUGGGAGAUGAUGAAGGAACUCGAAAUGAGGUGUGCCGCGAGAUUAAGAGAAACUACAGCGUAACAAUUCCUAAGAAUGGACCUUUGUGGAGUUCAAAUGAUCAUCAUUAACAUCCUUCUGGAGCUCAAUUAGAUAAAAAAAAAAAGAUAGAAUCUUUAUCUUUACCAUUUAAAAUUUAGGUUUUCGAGUUUAGUUAGCAGUAACCUUUUCCUUUUGCCUCUUCUAUAUAAACUUGCAACAAAGGUUUUUGGGGA